CUCCGGGUGCUCCGGUUUCCUCCUACAUUCCAAAGACAUGCUUCUAGGUUCUACUGCUAAUGCUUCUACUGAUUGGAGUCUCUAAAUUGCCCGUAGUGUGUAAUUAAUGAAAGUGAAUGAGUGUGUGUGUGUGCGCCCUGUGAUGGGUUAGCACUCUGUCCAGGGUGUAUCCUGCGUUGAUGCCCGAUGAUGCCGGAGUUAGGGCACAGGCUCCCCAUGACCCGAGUAUAGCUCGGAUAAGCGGUACAGACAAUGAAAUGGAAAAAUAUAUUAAUAUUUUGGGUCUUAAGAUUACUGAAUCACUGAGAAAUCAGUUCAGAUUUAAAAAAAAAAAAGAUAUCGAAACCCCUCCGAUGAAUCAAUUAAACUAUAUAGAAUAUAAUAGAAUGAAUAGAUCAGAUUGGUGUAUAUUAAUGCACUUGCUCUAAUACUUUGUUGCCUAAGCUAAUUCAGAGGAACUGAUAUGGCAGGCAUUCUGUUUACAUGGACUUAAAGAAGGUCAAGUGUGUUCUUGUCUGCUAAGUCUUAUUCAGAAGGGACUAUCAGUUAGAGGAUUUGAGGAUUUGAAUGGUCCAUUUGGCUUGUUCAUGUUUUCAGUGGGGUAUAAACUCCUGACAGGUGCAGCUGUUUCAAAUACUGUUUAUGGUCCUCACACAUUGACUCACACACUUCCAAAAGGACUGGGACAUGACUCCUCAGAAUUCCCCACCUGUUGGGAGUGGGUGAUGGGUUUGAGUUCAGAUCUCACUUCACAGAUUGCUCACUUCCCUGAAUCAGCCAUUGUGAAGCCCAAGCUAACAAAUUGACUAAGCGCCCCCUGUUGGUUGUACAGUAGUUUUGCAGCUUGCCAUGUCUCAGUUUGACCAAUCGGAUGAUAAGGACUCCCUGGACCUCCAUGACAAUCCUCCUGUUCCUGACAACAUAGUGAAGGAGGAUAACAACACAGUCUACUUUAUCUACGAUGAAGAGGUAGAGGAAGAAGAGAAGGAGAAGCCUCCACCACCGGAACCAGUUAAACCCAUCAAUAAUAAACCACACAAGUUUAAAGACCAUUAUUGCAAGGAGCUCCAAUUCUGUGAUGUGUGUGCACGCAUGAUUGUUCUUAACAAUAAAUUUGCACUGAGGUGUAAAAACUGCAAGACCAAUAUUCAUCAUCAGUGUCAGAGCUACGUCGAAUUCCAGCAGUGCUUUGGGAAAAUUCCUCCAGGUUUUAGACGGGCAUACAGCUCUCCUCUCUACAGCAGUCAGCAGAAUGCCACGAUUAAAGAGCUGCUUCCAUUCUCACAGUCUAACCGCACUGACCCAGUCUUUGAGACUCUGCGUAUUGGGGUCAUCAUGGCCAAUAAGGAAAGGAAGAGAAGAUCAGAAGAUCAGAAGAAAAACAUGAUGAUGAUAAUGGAAGAAGAGGAAUCCCAACCUAAAGCUAAAGAAGGGGAAGGAGAGACCUGGAGCCAAGAGAUGGAAAAGAAGGACAAAACCACAGAUGAUAAGAUGAAGAAAACUCAGCUGGGCAAACUUGGAGUCUUCUCUCAGUCACACUACUACUUGGCCCUGUACUGUUUUAAAGCCAUUGAGAAAGAUGACCUGGACCUGCAUCCUGGGGAUCAUGUAACAGUGAUAGAUGAUUCCAAUGAGGAGUGGUGGAGAGGUAGAAUUGGAGAGAAAUCCGGAUUCUUCCCGGCAAACUACAUCAUCCGUGUGCGCUCAGGGGAGAGUGUGUACAAGGUCACACGCUCCUUUGUGGGGAAUCGCGAGAUGGGCCAAAUCACACUGAAAAAAGACCAGAUUGUGGUGAAGAAAGGAGAGGAGGUCAAUGGCUAUAUGAAGGUCAGCACCGGGCGCAAACUUGGCUUUUUCCCUGCAGACAUUCUUCAGGAGAUUUGAGUGUGCGUGUGUGUGUGUAUGUGUGUGUGUGUGCUUGUGUGUGCGUGUGUAUGUGUGCGCUUGUGUGUGAGGGAGAGAGACAGUGUAUCUAUAUCUCCUUAUCUCAAUGACUAACACAAUUCUCUUCAUUGACCGGCUGCAUGUUUUCUGGCUUUUGGUUGUAGCUAACAUGGGUUUUAAGGCAAUAAAGCUGAUUAAGCUUCAUUUGAUCAUUAGUCACUUCUUGUAAUUGUCUCAGCAAAUUUGUGUGUGUGUGUGUGUGUUGAGGGGACAGGUUAAUACCAUGGUCAGUGUAAAGUAAUACAGAAAUUGCUAUGCUGUGUGUGUGUGUCUGUGUUUGUGUAUUAUUUAUUGUUAAAAAUGGCUUAUUACAGUACUUUCACAAUGCAUGAUGUGCAGCAUGGGGAUGCAGUGGGUAGCAAUUCUGCCUCACAGCUCUGUGAUCACCUAAUUUCAUCUUAGGUUACUUUCUGUGUGCAUGUUUUUCCUCCCACUGUCUAAAACAGCAAGGUGGGUUGGUAUCUAAAAUUGCCCCUAGGUAUGCGUGUGUGUGUGUGUUUUCUAAGAUGGAUUGGAAUCCCAUUCAGGGUGUAUUAAUAGCCCAGUGUUCCUGGGAUAAACUCUGGUUCCACCGUGACCCUGGCCAUGAUAAAGGAUUUACUGAAGUUGAUGAAUGAUGACAAUAUGCAUCACACUGUUUACACUUCCUAAGACAGCAUCAGCAAAGCAGUUGUGUCAUGUUUAAUAAAAAUGCAACAAAUUUGAAGGAUCUCUUUGCCUUAUACUAGCUCUUUAUGCUUUACACAAGCUACAAUUAGCUGGCUUACUCAACUUGACCCAGCUGACAGACAUUAUUGUCUAAAGGGAACUGCUAUUAAUUGAUUUCAUUUAUAAUUGAUCCAGUUUAUGCUCUUAAAGAUUAUGGUAUCAUCAGUGAUUAUCCUCAUCACUGUCUACCUUGUUUUGUUACUUAAGUCACAAACUGCUCUCUGCCUGAUCUUACACUGAUGCUCAAAAAAUUGCUGAUUGAUUCAGUAAAUUCUGCACUGCUGACAACAUUUCUCAUAUUUUGUUAGUUGAUUCAACCAUUAUAAAACUUUGACUAUGUAAGCAUUUUUAUCUGAUGGUGCAUUUGUCUCACUGACAUUUAGAUAUCUGAUUUAAAAAUGGUCCUGAUUACACAUAUCUGUAUCAUUAUCACCUUUGGAUAUCAAAUGGACUUGUGGCCCUGUGUGAGGAAAUCAUACCAGCAAUGUUUUAGACAUCUUUAGUCAGACCAUGUUUGUUAAACUGGCUCCCGUCCCACUGAGAUCUCUGAGUAUAUGUAGGUUUUCUUAAAGCAGAGAUGUCAAAGUACAUUAUAGGCCAAAAAAACCUCAACAAAGGUCAAAAACCCAGUGGGUUUUGUGACAUAUCUUGCAUUAAUGUUUAAUAUAAAGCCAUUUUUGUGAACAAUUCAGUAAAGAGUCAGGUUGUGUUAAAAACCUACUGACGUUCCUCAAAUUAUAUUAUGCCAUAACUUAUCGUAUUAAAGAUUUAUUUUCAUAACAUACUUGCCCAACAUUUCUCUCUCUCCAAAUCUUUUUCUUUCAGCCUCCCUCUUUCCUCCAUCAGGACUUCCAUCUUCACUCACAAUCUCAGUUUUUAUCUCUUUUUUUUUAUCCCCCAAAUUUUGUCAGGUUUUAAUCAUUUAAAGUGUGUCUGUGCGUCAUAAUAGUAUGUUAAAAUCCUGUGCACAUGUGCAUGCAAAUACAUAACCACACGGCUCAUCUUCCUGUCAGCAGCAGGGCAUGAAGCAUGCACAGGUAAAUAUUAAGAUUCAGAAGUCGCAUGAUUGGCUGACAGCAGCCCUCUUCAGAUACGGGUCACAUCCUGUGGAUGGCUGGCUUCGUGCUGUUCGGCAGAGGACACGCCAGGGUGACCUCAGAGCUGCUGUGUCAUAUUUGACUUAUGACCUCUGUCAGUUCAGGUAGACAGAAGUUAAGGGGCAAAGUGAAGAUAAAUCAAGAGGAGUGAAGUGUGAGAAGUAAACAACUUAAUAAUAAUAAUACAGUGAUUUUAUUAGUAUUGUUUCAGAAAGUGCUCAAAUAUAUACAUAUUUCUAAUUAAUAUUUUGUCUAGGUACUAAUCACCUUUCCUCACAGAACAGCUGCAUUCAUCUAUUUGAUGCCAAACAUAUCCAAAAUGUUCUAUACCGGAUUCAAAUCUGGUGACUGGGAUGGCUGAUGAAGUACACUAAACUUAUUGUCAUGUUCAUGGAACCAGUUUGAAAUGCUUUACAACAUGGUGCAUUGGCUUGUUGCCCUGAUGGCCAUAAUAGCCAUUUUAUGAUAUGUGAAUUGUUGAAUAAAUGGAUGCACAUGGUCAGAAACAAUACUCAGAUAGGAUGUAGCAUCCAUCCAUUCAUUCAUUCUCUACACCGCUUAUCAUAGUGGGUCACAGGGAACGUGGAGUCUAUCCCAGGAAGGCAGAGUACAGCCUGGACAGGAUGCCAAUCUAUCACAGGGCACAAUCUUACACACUCACACACCCAUUCACACACUAUGGACAAUUUAGAGAUGCCAAUCAGCCUAUAACCCAUGUCUUUGGCCUGGAGGAGGACACUGGAGUACCUGGAGUAAACCCCUAACACAAGAAGAACAUGCUAACCCCACCUACACAAACAGCCGAGAUGGGAAUCGAAACCGCAACCCUAGAGGUGUGAGGCAAACGUGCUCACCAGCAGAUGUGGCAUUCAAAUGAGGCUUUAUUGGUAUUAAGAGGACUGACAUCACCACCUCUACCAGUCUGCAUUGUGGUCACAAGGAGGUUGGGUGCAUGCUGUUGAUGGCAAAUUUGGACAAGUGAAAUUUAUCUUACAUUGAAAUUGAUGGCAUUUAGCAGAUGUCCUUACCCAAUGUGACUUACAUUUAUCUCCUUUAUACAACUGAGCUGUUGAGGGUUAAAGGCCUUGCUCAAGGAUUCGAUCAAGCAAACCAGAUGGCGUUUUUCCAAACUUCAUCUGUCCAUUUUUUGUGAGUUUGUGCCCACUAUAGCCUCAGAUUCCUGUUCUUUGGUGAGGGGAGCCUCAAGGUUCUGUGUGUUUUUGAGAAGCUUUUUUGCUCACCUAGCUGUAAAGAGUGAUUAUUUGAGUUACAGUACCCUGCCUAGCCACUCUCCUCUCUUAUCAUCAUGAUGUUUCAGCUCAGAGAACUCACCAGUCUUAACCAACCAGAACUUUGCACCAGUCUUAGUAAACUCUAUAAACUAUUUUGCAUAAAAAUCUGGUCUGUCUGACCCCAACGACCAUGCCAUGGUCAGUCACUGAGACUAUUUGCUUCUCAUUCUGAUGUUUGAUGUGAACAUUAACUGAAGCUUUCCUGCAUGAUUUUGUAAAUUGUGCUGCUUUAAUGAUUGGUUGGUUUGGAUAAUUACAUAAAAUGAUUUUAUUAUUUGUUGUUUAGUUUAUUUAUUCAUCCAUUUGAUCAUUUGUUUCUUUGUUCAUUCAUUCAUUUUUCUAUUUAUUGUUUAACACUAGAUGACGCUGUUGUCUCUUGUUCUUCAUUGUGCUCCUGUGACCAUUGAUCUAACCAGAUCCCUGUUUCUCUCUCUCUCUCUCUCUCUCUCUCUCUCUCUCUCUCACACUCACACACACACACACACACACACACACACACAUGCUUUUGUUUGUACUCUAGCCAUAACAUCUUUCACCUUCCUUCUUUCAUUUCCAGAGCAAAUCUAUAACCUGUUUGUUCAGCUCUUGUGAAACGUUGCUCCUGCAGGUUUCAUGUGAACAGAGCAAACACACGCUUGUCACUCCUUCCGUCUGACUCCAGUCAUGUGUAUUUCUAAAACCCAGACUUGAACAAAGCAGACAUUUAAGUUGUUAAGGCUGUAGAGCUAGGUUAUUUUGUUAAAAUGAGGCUGGACUAUGUGGCUGUUAUUAAUUAAGUUAUACAAGACUGACUUGUGAGCUUGGAAAACUUGUGUGAUUUCUUUGUGGAGGGUGGAAUAAAAAAAAAAAACUUCAGCAGUUUAUUGUUUAUACACAAAGGGGAAUGCACAUCAUGCUCUGAUUCACCAUGGGCUGAGAUAAUUACAGUGAGCAGAUGAGGUGCCUAAAAGGAUGUUCAAUAAUUAGCAGGCAAGUAUGUUUAAAAAUAAAAAAUAAAAAAGAAGGAGAUAUAAAUGGAAACAGUUUAAUAAAUCACAGAGUGGACACUGGUAUUUUUCUGCAAAGCCAAGACACUCCAAUUUGGCUUAUUAAAUUUACUUUCCCUUGAGUUACAGAGUUACACAUACAGUGUGAUGCUGGAAAGAUGUAAAUGUUAUCUGGCAGUACAGAGGUGAUGCUUGCACUUUUUUUUUCUUUUUAAAGUUUGGACCUAUCUCUGAUACCUUAAGCUGUAGAGUUCUAGUUAAGGGAUCCCCAGAGUGACAACCGUAGAAGGAUUUUUUUAUUUAUUUAUUUAUUUAUUAUGUAUUUUAUUGUGUUAGUUUUUUGUUUGCUUGAGUAUUUCAGCUCAGAAUCAUAGGUGUGCAGUGAGCUGUCUAUUCUAAAUGAUGGAUAAUCUUAAAUGAAUGAAUAAAUUCACCUGCUAUAUUUAAUGUUUUCCCUCUCCAAGCCGUGUUUAUACAGUAACUAUUUCUGGCGAGACUGGUCCCGUGUUUGGGUCGCCUCGACAUGUAAACUUAGGUUCCUAAUGGUUAAUGCGUUUUUAUGCUCAAACAUAUGAUUGCAUUCAAAAGCCUGUCCAUCCACUGGUGCUUCAAAUCAUAUUACGUGUCCAAACAAAAUCCAUCCAUCUACGCUCUGAGCCACUUUUAGGCUUUGAAAAAUGCUACAAAUGUGUUUAGAAACUAGGCUAAUAGAAUAAAAGUAUUUCUCACGGCAAGGUACGGGAUCGAGCCGAUAUUGAUUUUAGCACAUUGUUUCAGAGCCUCUUGUCCGCUCCAUUAAUGUUUCUCUUCUCCAGUCCCUCAAAGCCACCAAACUACAUUAUGGCAUUAGAGAACAGAAUCAGUUAUUUUUACAUGUACUUUUUUUCCCCGCUUCUGUUGAAGCUGUUGCAUUAUCUUUAUGCAAGUGAAUGUGUGUGUGUGUCCAAUGUGUCCUCUCUCUCUCUCUCUCUCUCUCUCUCGUGCUCUCGUGCUCUCUCUUUUUCUGUAGCUGUUUUGCCAAACCCUGUAAUGGUUGAAUCUAUGAGGCAUAAUAUUAAAUCUCUGACACGGCUCUUUGGGAAAUUGUUGGAGGAAAAAAAACGUUCUUAUUCUGUCUCAUUUUUCACUGUGGCUGAAUUCAAUUAUCUAAUAUGAUUUGUAUGCUUAUUAAUUUUCAUUAUUCAUAUAUUCCAAGUGGCUUUGCAAAUGCAGGCACGUUAACAAUAUUUCCGAGUGUUCGUAGAGGGAAAUGGGUAAUGACACUGAGAUUCGUUAGAUGACCAGAGAGAGCGGUGGAUGUUCUGCCGGUGGUGAGGUGAGUCACCUGGAGUGAAACACCACCAGAAAUCCAGUGGCGCUCUGACAGUCUACUGCUCCAGUCAAGACUCCAAGACAUGGAGGAUUCAAUUCUCGCCCUGACUCACACUCGACAAUCUGUCUCUCAGUCUCGUUUUUUUCCUCCCCAUCUAUCUAUCUAUCUGUCUGUCUUUCUGUAUCUUUUUCGGUCUCUGUCUCUCACACAGACACACAUGCUCUCAUUAAUGAUCCUCAAUAAUAACAUCAGUAUGAUCAAGAGAGACAGAGGAGGUGUUAGGGUGAAGACAGAAGUUGCUACACACACCACACUGAAGAGGCCUGUAGGGACGAAGGCCUGGAGAGAAGGCUGCAGGGAUAGGAGCAAUUAAGAGCACCGGAGUCACACACGUUCACCAUUGCAGACGAGACCACACACACACACCUGCCCGCAAUGUGGCUUUGUGCCCCUGAGGAGUGCCGGUAAGAGUUUGUGUGACAGUGUGAGCGAUUGUCAUCAUUAGCAUUAUUUAUUCGCUAAGCACAGGCUCACUGCAGGGCCAGGACUAAUAGAAUUCAGGAAUUACAAUGAGAAAGUAAGUGUGUGUGUAUGUGUGUGUGUGAGAGAGAAUCUGUAAAUGUGCAUGCAUGUAUUGCCUUUUCCUCCCUGCUGCACAACCCUGUCAAGAAACCUAGU